CGUCGAGGGAAAACAAUGUGCGCAGUCGCAGCAUGUGAGGACGGAGGGGAACAAAUUUCUUCGGGGGGACAUAUUUCCACAGAACACCCAAACACUGACAUCCAACAUGGCGUCUCUUGACAGAGUAAAAGUGUUGGUACUGGGAGAUUCUGGUGUUGGCAAAUCGUCUCUGGUCCAUUUGUUGUGUCAAAACCAAGUUUUAGGAAAUCCUUCUUGGACAGUCGGAUGUUCGGUGGACGUUCGGAUCCACGACUAUAAAGAGGGAACUCCGGAGGAGAAGACCUUCUACAUUGAGCUUUGGGACGUCGGGGGGUCCGUUGGAAGUGCCAGCAGCCUCAAAAGCACCAGAGCGGUCUUCUAUAACUCAGUUAAUGGAAUUAUAUUGGUGCACGAUCUGACGAAUAAGAAAUCCUCGCAGAACCUCUAUCGCUGGUCGCUGGAAGCUCUGAACAGGGACUCGUCUCCGACCGGCGUCAUCGUGUCCAAUGGGGACUACGACAGAGAGCAGUUUGCGGAGAACCCGGUGCCUUUGCUGCUGAUUGGAACCAAGUUUGACCAGAUUCCAGAGAGCAAACGGAGCGAGGUUCUGACCCGGACAGCUUUUCUGUCAGAAGAUUUCAUUGCAGAAGAGAUCAAUCUGGACUGCACCAACCCCAGGUAUCUCGCCGCAGGCACCUCAAACGCUGUGAAACUCAGCAGGUUCUUCGAUAAGGUCAUAGAGAAGAGAUAUUUCACCAGAGACCCAAGUCCGAUGGCGGCUUUUACCGACAGGAAGAGGUUCAACUUUAAGAGUCUGCAUUAUGACUAAAAAGCCGGGAGAUCGUGUGGCUGCGAGUCCGAAGAAAAACCUUCCUGAGCAAACUCUGAUAAACACGCAGAACUUGAGAAAGGAAGCAGAGAUCCUCUCAGAAAUGACGAGGAACCAAAUGAAAGAUUAUAAAAAUGUGCAUCACAUUGGCGUAGAGGAGAGCUCAUGACGUCCUUCAGCAUUCCACUGCUUCCUCAUAACUUCCUUAAUUCAGGAGAGGAAAAAGCUCAUCUUCAUGAAGACUCUGGAUUAUCAUAGGUGGAAGCAGUUGGACCCACAGGUUUGGUGUUGCAGAGCUGUGGUCCAAUCAGAAAAACAUAUGUGAUUAAAGCAUGAAUACAAACCUGAAA